AGCUGGACAAGUUGGACUUAGAUUAAUUACCAAGGGCGAUAGACAAACUACAGUCUCAAAGGAGUGGAGUGUAGGUGCGAGCAACAUUGCUGAUGGAAGGUGGCAUAUAGUUACAUUGCCUGUAGAUGCUGAUUUAGGUGAAGUAUCUUGGUAUCUAGAUGGUAAUUUUGAUGGCUAUCAGACAGGGCUACCACUUUCACCGCCAGCCCCACCUUCACCCUAGUCCUCACAAUCAUCGUCAACCCCACCACCGCUUGCGGUCUCAGCAAUGGAUGAGAAGGAACGAGAGAGAAGAAGAAGAAAACAAGAAGAGAAGAAAUAUAGAUCUAGACUCAUCGCCGCCGCCGCCAUCAUCCCCACCAUCGUCGCUGCCAUCUUCAUUCACCCAUCGUCGCCGCCGUCCUCAGCCUUGUCAUCGCCGCCAUUGCCCUUACCCUCACCAUCGCAGAUCUAGACGGCAUAGAAGAAGAAGAAUACGGAGGUGAAGAAGAAGAAAGAGAAGAAACGAGAAUGAGAAGAAAAACAAAGAAACGAAGACAAGAAGAAGAAGAAAGGGAAGAGAGAAGACGACAGACCAGUGGACGAAAUUGGGGAGAAAGAAAUGAAGAAAGAAGAAAGUGGCGGACGAAAUUGGGAAAAAAUCAUUAAUCAUUAAACUACAGUGUGCCAAGUUACCUUUCCGUCUGGUGGUCAAGACAUACACAACCAUACCAUUUUAAAAAUAGAGAGGCUGCUCAUGUUUGACCCUUCUUGCAUUGCUGCAUUUACUACUCAAAAUUUCAUAGAAGUAGGAUCUUUGCCCGAAAAUGGCCUGAAAUGCUUCAAGGUCCCCAGCUGGGAAUUUUAUGUAGUUUUAUGUCUCUUACUGCUUGGCUGAUUGUUAUCUCACCAAUUGUGGUGCUUAUAAUGUGGGGAAGCUGGCUUACUGUAAUUUUGGGCCGGGACAUAAUUGGCUUAGCUGUGGUAAUGGGUGGUACUGCUAUUCUUUUAGCAUUCUACUCAAUCAUGCUAUGGUGGAGAACACAAUGGCAAAGCUCAAGUAUCUCAACAUGUGUUGACAAGAACUUUGAUCGUAAUUCUCUGCCAGUAUGCUCAAGUAGCUGCAUUGAAAACCAAGGAUGUGAGUCCAGUGCAUCAGCUCCAAUAAAUCAGCAGAUGCUUGACUUGAAUUUGACACUUUCUUUCCAGGAAAAGUUGAAUGAUCCCAGAAUUACAUCGAUGUUAAAGAGGAAGGCAAGACAAGGAGAUCUUGAACUUAGUGUUCAUCCUUGAUACCGUGGUUGUUGGAGUUUUUUUCGUCCAGAGCCUAUAAACCUUAUAAAUGCGGCACACCAACAGUUUGAAUUUGGCAUUGUGGUGUUGCUUUUGUCUCCUGUCAUAUGUUCAAUACUGGCGUUCCUUUGGUCUCUUCAACUGGAAGAGCUAGCCAUGACUUCGAAGCCAUGCAACUAUGGAUUUAUAGCUUGGAUGCUAAGCACUUGUGUUGGCUCGCCUCUUUCGUUCCUAAGGUAACACUGACAUGUCUUUUC